GCUACCGGACUCGCAUCUUAACAGGAUCGCUCGAUACACACCCUCUGGACGCGUAACCAGCGCACACGAAGCUCUUGGUCAGUGCGUGCAAGGUGUUAUCGCGAGUGCCGUCCUUUGGUUUGGCCGUUUUACCGGCGCGACGACGCGGUGUCCCGACUUUGGCCGCCGACUCUUGGCACAGGAUGUGGCUACGGGUGACAGCGCUAAAGAAUCGCCUCAGCUCGCAACGGAAAAGGAAAGGGUCGUCCCGCGUGGCAGAGAAAGCCGGCAUCCCGAUCCAAGGUUCUCCCGGAGUGUACAGGCGCCGCGAGUCGGCCGCCAUCGCUCUCUCGAAUAACCAUGUGCAGCGAGUUCGAGAUCAGGCCGCUAGGCGGGGAAGCAUCGUUCCCGAUCUUCUCGCUGUCAAAAUGGCGGAGGCGGGCUGUACGUCGAGUUCAUGGCCCAACCUGAAGGAGGAUUACGAGCUCGGCGAAGUCAUCGGUGUUGGUGCGACUGCCACAGUUCACACAGCGUACUGCAAGCCCAGGAAAGAGAGAUGUGCCAUCAAACGCAUCAACCUGGAAAAGUGGAACACAAGCAUGGAAGAACUCCUGAAAGAGAUCCAAGCAAUGAGCGCCUGCCACCAUGAAAAUGUGGUCACCUACUAUACCUCUUUCGUGGUGAAGGAAGAGCUCUGGCUCGUGAUAAAGCUCCUGUCUGGCGGUUCCUUGCUGGACAUCAUCAAGCACAAGAUGAAGACGGAAGACUGCAAGCACGGAGUCUUCGAUGAGGCCACCAUUGCGACUGUUCUCAAGGAGGUGCUCAAGGGUCUUGAAUACUUCCACAAUAACGGCCAAAUCCACAGAGACAUCAAAGCCGGAAACAUUCUGCUUGGUGAGGAUGGCGCAGUGCAGAUUGCAGACUUUGGUGUGAGCUCGUGGCUUGCGACUGGCGGUGACCUGUCGAGGCAGAAGUCCAGGCACACGUUUGUUGGCACGCCCUGCUGGAUGGCACCCGAAGUCAUGGAGCAGGUUACAGGGUACGAUUUCAAGGCUGACAUUUGGAGCUUUGGGAUCACAGCCAUCGAGCUGGCGACGGGCACUGCACCUUACCACAAGUAUCCUCCCAUGAAGGUGCUGAUGCUGACGCUUCAGAAUGACCCUCCCACGUUGGAGAUGGUCGGCGAAGACAAGGACCAGUACAAAAACUACGGCAAGUCAAUCCGCAAGAUGAUUAGCGAGUGCCUGCAGAAAGACCCCACCAAGAGGCCUACUGCAACAGAGUUGCUGAAGCACCAGUUCUUCAAGAAGGCAAAGGACAAGAAGUACCUGAUGCAGACAUUAUUGGUGUGCGCUCCCACAAUAGAGGCUCGAGCCCAGAAGCUUAAAAACAGUAGACGAGUUCCUGGCACAAGCGGCCGGCUGCACCGGACAGAGACGGGCGACUGGGUCUGGUCUGACGGAGAAGACGAUGAAGACUCUCCGGAUGAGAGGGACUUGGCAGCGCGAGACGAGGCCAUCCUGAAGGCGAACCAGUCGACGAGUUCCUCUGACAGCGCCAUCGACAAUGCCCUGCCCGUCGACCACGAGACGACCACAUCCGGGACCUCCUCUGGCUCCACAUCGGGGGCACCAGCACCAAGCAAUCUCAUUCCCACACAACCACCACCACCAGUGCCUGAGUCCAAUGCACACAGUGAGGUGCCUCAACAGCAACCUCCUCCUCCUCCGCAGCCUUCUGCAGCCGUAAUCUCAACUCCGGAGACCAUCAACCUUGUCCUCAGGAUAAGAAAUCAAAGGAAAGAGCUUAAUGACAUCCGAUUUGAGUUCACCCGCGACAAAGAUACUGCUGAUGGCAUUGCUUCAGAGCUUGUUGGUGCAGGCUUGGUCGAUGGGAAAGAUGUUGUUGUUGUGGCUGCCAACCUGCAGAAGUUGAUUGACAACCAGAUCAUGAAGACAACCACAUUUGCCUUGAAACAGACACCCGAGGAGGCUGCCGUGGACACUCCAGAUGACAAGGCGCUCAUCGGUUUUGCUCAACUUUCAAUCGUAGACUAACCAGAGCAAGCGUUGAAAGUUGGCAGAAACCCCGCGCCCCGCCGCCGAGAAGAAGAGAAAAAAGCCAGCAAGCCUACGCACCACACACCGCCUUAAAAAAAAAAAACGAUUUGGUCUUCGUCAGCGAGCGAGCGCGCAUUCGCUGCACGCAAGUGACGCGGGGAGGAGUGGCAGCAGCAGAGAAGAAGAGGAACAAGAGGCUGUGCAGCGUGACCCCAUUGCUGCUUUCUUCUCUCGUAUUUUUGUAAAGUGUAAAUUUUUUGGUCAUUGAAUGCAAAGAAGAGGAGGAGGAGGAGGCAGGUUUUGUACAAACGAGCGAGCCGGCUACGACGCAAGGAGUAGCCGUCGGUGAUGUGGUGAGGAUGUGAUGUGGGACUGCGAACCGUGCACUUACGCACACGGAUACAAACGAGCACACCACCGCUUCUUCGCAACCUGCACCGUUUUUUUUUUGUAAGGAGCCUCACUACCCUCCCAGCUCACCUUUUAUUUUUUUUUUUGUCUUGUGCCCGCCGCAUACGUAGGCCGUGUCAUCCAUGCAAGUCUCGUCUUCUCUCCCCUUCUUCUCAUUCUCGAGUGCCUCUCGCCAGUCAUUGCUUCCACACUUUGGACCGGCCGAGGCAUGUUUAAUUAUGCAAGUGUGUACCAUAGUCUCGGGCAAGGGUGCUGCCUUCCCCUCUCCCUCUAAGGGCAGUGUGGGAGUGCGGCAGGGGUCAGUUUAAUUUAUUCAGAGGCAGUCAUAGACGACAAUAAAGGCAGAUUUCAAAGAAA